AUGCACCACUCCGUCGCCACCGUCCCUUUGGCGGUCACCGCGGGCAUGCUCUACGCGCGCGCCGCGGCCGCCUCCACCCGCCCGGGCCCGCGCCGCCUCAUCGCGCUCGUCCCGGUGCUCGCCCUUCUCGUCGCGCUCCCCUUCUCCGUCCCGCUCUACGGCGCUCGAGGCCUCGCCGCCUUCUUCCUGGUCUGGCUCGGCGAGUUCAAGCUCCUCCUCCUCGCCUUCGGCCGCGGCCCGCUUGACCCGGCCCUCCGCCCUCUCCCGUUCGCGUUCACCGCCGCGCUCCCAGUCAAGCUCCGGCAGUCGCGGAUACAACAAGCAGACGCCGCUGCCGCCGCGGCCAGGCCCGUCACGGAGACGGUCGCUCUGCCGCUCCUGUCGUCCGGCAUCAAGGUCGCCGUCAUGGCGUCCGUCUUCCGCCUCCUCUUCCGGUCCAAGGAAGCGAUGCACCCCUACGCCGCUUCCGCCCUCUAUGGCGUCGCCAUGUACUGCUUCCUCGACUCCCUCCUGCCGUGCCUCGCCGUGACGGGGAGGGCGCUGGGCAUGGAGAUGGAGCCGCAGUUCGACAAGCCCUACCUCUCGUCCUCGCUCCGGGACUUCUGGGGUCGGCGGUGGAACCUCAUGGUCUCCGCGGCGCUCCGCCCGGCCGUCUACGACCCCGUCCGGGCGCGCCUCGGCGCCCCCGCCGGCGUGUUCGCCGCGUUCCUCGUGUCGGGCCUCAUGCACAAGGUGUUGCUCUACUACGUCACCUUCCGGGCGCCCACGGGGCAGGUCACGGCGUUCUUCACGCUGCACGGCACGUGCGUGUGCGCCGAGCGGUGGUGCGCGCGCCGGUGGCGGCGCGGCUGCAGGGCGGCGCCGCCGCGCGUGGUGGCGACGCCGCUCGUCGUGGCGUUCGUGGCCGGCACGGCGUUCUGGCUCUUCUUCCCGGCUAUCUUCGGCGACGGGAUGGACGAUCUCUAUCUCGCCGAGAACGCUGCGCUCGCGUCAUCCUUCCUUGAUGCCAGUGGAAGGUUGCUACGGUUGGUCGGCCUGGGCUAUUCGAAGUAUGACCGUCGUUGA